GGGGAGGGACCUUAGGCAAGAGCCAGGAGGGUUAGAAUUAGACCCGGACUGGUCAAUGUAGGGUUAGGUAGGCUGGGGAAGUAGAGCCGCCGAAUGGGAGCCGAAGCUUAAAAGCCAAAUGGGAGCAGAAGCCAAAAGGGAGCCAAAGCCGAAUGGGUGUUGAAACCACUAAGGAGAAAGAAGAAGCUGUUGUCUCCUUAAAGGAAGAAGACUUUAAAGGUCAAACAAAGCCAUGCAUUACUGACUGCCAACACCACAAUCCUUAAGUAUGAUGAAGAAGAGGAAAAGAGACGUCCGACUUGGUACGAGCUGCUGCUGUCACCCCGGCACUGGGAGCCCGGCACUGCCACCUGAAUGGAUGGGCAUGGGGAGAAGGGCCGGACUCUCUUACCCCGGGGCUGAGCGCCUGCCCCCGCCUCUCUCAGCCCUGCACCUCCUCCUACUGCUGAUUCUGCUGCUGACCCUUUGGGGGGACACAGUAUAUUGCCAGCAGCACGCUCAGUGUCACAUCCAAAAGUGCACAACAGACUUUGUUUCUCUUACUUCACAUCUGAAUACUGGCAGUGACAGUUUCGAUUCGGAAUUUUGUAAGGCCUUGAGGGCAUAUGCGGCCUGCACGCAGAGAACUUCUAAAGCAUGUCGAGGAAACUUAGUUUAUCAUUCUGCUGUGUUAGGUAUCAGUGACCUCAUGAGUCAAAGAAAUUGCUCAAAGGAUGGUCCCACAUCAUCAACGAAUCCUGACUUUACUAGUGAUGCUUGCAACUAUCACAACAGGGCGACGGAAAGGAUUCUACGAUCAGGGGAACAUACUCAGCCCAAUUAUCUAUUCUGUGGCUUGUUUGGAGAUCCACAUCUGAGAACUUUCCAAGAUCAUUUUCAGACAUGCAAAGUGGAAGGUGCUUGGCCACUAAUAGACAACAACUAUUUGUCUGUGCAAGUAACCAAUGUACCAGUGGUUCCUGGGUCUAGUGCUACUGCAACUAACAAGAUAACUAUAAUAUUUAAAGCAUUUCAAGACUGUACAGACCAGAAGGUGUAUCAGGCUGUGACGGAUGACCUGCCCGCAGCGUUUGUGGAUGGCACAACUAGUGGUGGAGACAGUGAUUCCAAGACCUUAAGGAUUAUAGAGCGAGUUGGUGGAAAGCAUGUUGAAAUGCACGCCAGAUACAUUGGCACCACAGUGAUUGUGCGCCAACUUGGAAAUUAUUUAACCCUAGCGGUUCGCAUGCCCGAAGAAUUGGCAAUGGCAUACGAGGAAAGCCAAGACUUACAACUGUGCGUGAAUGGUUGUCCAACAAGUGAACGCAUUGAUGAUGGAGGGCAUCUGCAUUUACCUGUAACUGUUAGCAACACGCAUGACCAAUCCACUGUUCAAGCCGCCUCGGUGUACACACUGGAAAGCGCCAUUGAGAAAUGUCUUGAAAAAAUACAGGUCAAGCACAUCUAUUUUUACUCGUGUGUUUUUGACUUGCUCACAACUGGGGAUGCAAACUUUACGGCUGCUGCUUUCAGUGCUUGGGAAGAUGUGGAGACAUUACACCCCAGGAAGGAGCGCUGGCAAAUUUUCCCAAACAAAGGCAGUUGCAGCAACACACGAUCUUUGCCUGCUCUUGUGUUUGGACUUGCAGGCUUGCUGUUGUUUUUUUUGUAGGAGCUUUUAUGUGUAUAUACAAAAAUGUAAAAUAUAUAUUGUUAUAAUAUAUUGAACAAAAGAUAGGAUCUUAUAUGUAUAUACCGUGUAUAUGAAGGGAGGUUUGUCUUGGGUUACCCAUGAAAUUGUAUAUAUUGUUUCUUUCUAUUUACCUUGGAUGUAGUAUUACUUUUUUUUUACUUUUUUCAGUUUUUGAGAUGUGAUAUGUUCCUUUAUUGGGACUUAUUAGAAAGCACUUUAUUUUUUAUAAAAUAUUUAUGUGUGUACCAUUUAAAAAAAAAAAAUAAAAAAAUGUGUAAGGAUGGAAUUAGCUAAACCAGGAGUAGGCACGCAUCGAGGGCCCAGUCGAUAUCAUUGCAGUUCUGCACAUCUAGAGCACCAAUGGUAUCCUUCACCUCACUUAAGCAUAUGUACUUUUGUGUAUAUGUAGAUCUACAUCUUGAUAUGGAAACUCCAAAGCUGCAUUCAGAGGACUCGGCAAAGUUGUCCCAAAGGCACAACAGGAGUUUUCAUCGUUUUUAAGGCAGGGUGUAACUUCUUUUCUAAAUAGGGAAGGAAUGGGGCUUCUUGUUACUAAGACUGAGACACAAUAAUAAUAUUGAUAAGACUCUAAUGGGUUUAUUAAUUCCUUCUCUGUCUCCCACUAGAUAUUUACUGCCCAAAUUAGCUGUUUUCUGGAUAUACAGCAUUUGGAAGGGUUGACCUGUGGCCAUUUUUAGACUAACUUAUACUAAGUUACAGAGCAAAAAUGCAAACUUAUCCAAAAUGUGGAUUCUGUGCAUUCUUAGUUUUAUAUAUAGCAAGGAUGCAUUGUAUUUGGGCCAAUCCUUUGCCCCACUGGCCUCACCAUAUCCCUGGAUAAUUGGCACAAAAACAAGCAGGUGGACAAAGCCAUAGAUAUUUCUUGAUUAAGAAGUAUGUUGAGCAAAAGUCCUAUUCAAAAACCCUGACACUUGAUGGAACAGGAAGUCACUCUACACCGCUUUUGGGGGAAUGUAAUAAAAGUCGGUAACAGAAAAACUAUUCACAAUGCGAAAAGUUAUGCAUUUGCGCAAACAAAUUUUGCUUUGCGCGAAUUUAAUAUAGCUUUUGCGACUACUUCCGACAG